AUGUAGUAAAUGCAGUUUCACGUGAGUAGAUGUCAAGUCAAGUCAAUUUUAUUCGAAGGCUUUGUGUCGUUCACCCUGGAGCGUUUUUGUUUUACUAUUUCGGUUUUCGCACCAUAUGCUGUAGCGUUAGCAUUAUCGGUUUACGGAUGUUGGCGCUGGGAAACGCUGUCUCUGUUGUCUAGUGUAAGUCAGUCACGCUGAACGGGCUUUGCAGCUGCCGCGCUCUGAAUGGCGACCUAGCUACACAUACUGUCUUAUAGCUUUCAUUUUUCGGGCAGCUGGAUAGCUUUGCCUUUACUUUUGAAUAUUUCGUCGACAAUGUCUCAACUUUUCGACUCUGAAGAAAACAGUCCAUUGCUCAAGGAUGAUGCAAGCAGUGAUGACUCCCAAGAUGAAGAUUACAAGAGCAGAUGGAGGUCUAUUCGAGUCAUGUACUUUACUAUGUUCCUUAGCAGUGUAGGUUUCACCAUUGUGAUAACAUCCCUGUGGCCAUAUUUACAGAAGGUUGAUGAUAGCUCCAAUGCUACCUUCCUGGGCUGGGUGGUGGCAGCCUACAGCCUGGGCCAAAUGGUGGCUUCUCCCAUUUUUGGCCUGUGGUCCAAUCGCAGACCACGCAGGGAGCCAUUGGUGUGCUCCAUCUUCAUCAACAUGUCUGCCAACAUCUACUACUCCUAUGUCUAUCUGCCCAAAACAGAGAACAAAUUCCACAUGCUCAUGGCCAGAGCCUUUGUGGGCUUCGGAGCAGGUAACGUCGCUGUGGUGAGGUCCUACGUCGCUGGAGCUACGUCACUGAAGGAGAGGACUGGUGCUAUGGCUAACAUGAGUGCCUGUCAGGCCCUUGGCUUUAUUCUGGGACCAGCUCUGCAGGCAGGCCUCUCGUUUAUUGGUGAGCAUGGCGUGACUGUGAAGAUCAUUGACCUGCAGCUCAACAUGUACACUGCCCCGGCUUUACUGGCAGCAGUCUUUGGUGUCAUCAACAUCCUGUUGGUUAUACUGGUGCUGAGAGAGUAUCGUGUCGAUGACCAUGGGAGGCACAUUCGAGCCAUCAACUACACAUCAGAAGAUAGAGAAGACAUUAGCCAGGAAACCGAAGACGACAUUGACCAAAUAGCAGUCCUUACCUCCAAUAUCCUAUUCUUCAUUGUCAUGUUCAUUUUCGCCGUCUUCGAAACAAUCGCCACACCUCUGUCUAUGGAUAUGUUUGCUUGGACGAGAAAAGAAGGGGUGCUGUACAAUGGCAUCAUAAUCUCUUGCAUUGGAUUUGAAUCCAUCCUGGUGUUUCUAGUUGUGAAGGUAGCUUCUCAAAGGGUUGGGGAUCGUCCCAUAUUGCUUGCAGGCUUGACCAUCAUAUUCGCUGGCUUCUUCAUUCUGCUUCCAUGGGGGAAUCGGUACCCUAAAAUCCAGUGGGCAGACAUCAAGAACAACUCAAUGGUCAAUGAGACCUUUGACCCCAAAAUAGCCUCCAAUAGUUCCUUUGAGCCUACUGGCUGCCCAGUCGAACAGACCUGGUGUCAGUAUGUCCCUGCCAUUCACCUGGCCCAGUACAUCACCUCUGACAUCCUCAUCGGGAUGGGCUACCCAGCCUGCAAUGUGAUGUCCUACACACUAUAUUCCAAAAUACUUGGACCAAAGCCGCAGGGCGUGUACAUGGGCUGGCUUACGGCCUCUGGCAGCGGGGCACGGACGUUGGGCCCUGUGUUUGUCUCUCAGGUCUAUACCAUCCUGGGGCCACGCUGGGCGUUCAGCCUUAUCUGUGCAAUGGUGUUGGGUGCCAUUAUCCUCCUGGGCUCGCUCUACCACAGACUCAUUGCCUUCUCUGUACGCCAUGGGAGAAUCAUGGAGUAGCAAGCGGGGCUCCCCCUCGCCAUAUUAAAUUGGACGAGCAGGGAACCGUUUCCUCUUCUUGGCUCGCAUAGGUGUUGUUGAUAUUUAAGGCUUCUUUUUGUUGUUACUGUUGAAGUGGUAACUGUUAGGAAUUUCAUUUUAGAGUUUGUGACUCAGGGUUGACCUUCGGACUGUUUGGCAGAGGUGGAGAGAUAAGACCUGGCUCCCUCCCCAAGAGCUGAGCAACGUUCGCCACUUUGCAUGUCAAAAGGAAGCUAAGCAAGCACCACAGCUGGUCUUUCACACUGUGGAAGAAGCCAUGACAUGGACCAGUUAAACUGAAUAAGUGGUACUAGUUCUAAACUGAUGAGCUGCAGAGUAAUAUAUGUUACUGAAUUAUCAUAACCUCUUUUACCACCUGGCACAUGGUUGCAUAUAACUUGGUUCUAAGGGUAAAUUUAACUUCACAUAUUUGAGCAAACAGUAUUUUAAGUAUUUGGAGAGUUUGACAGACUUGAAACAGUUUUUAGGUCUGUGCAUUUGAAUUAUAACGUUGUUGUGGAAUACAGAGGAAUGUGGAUUGUGUAUCAAUCUAAUCUAAUUCUCUAAUUCAAAACCAUACAACCUCAAGUUGUUCAUCAAAGACUGGAUAUAUUUCUGCUGAUUACCGAAUUAGGUUUGAUUGGUCAUACAGGGGGUAACUUUGAGAAUGUGUUGAGUGAAUCGAUCAUGGUUUUUAAUGUUGUAAAUAUGGAGAGUUGUAAGGAAUAAGAUAAGAAAUUUAAUUUAUGUUCUGUAAUUCUUGUUCGUCAAGAAAUAUGAUACUCCAUGUUGAGAGACGUUUUUAAAAUCUAAGCUACAAAUAAGAACGUUUGAAAAUUCAGCUAAUCCUUUUCGUUACGGACAGUUUGCAAGUUUUUAAUAUCUAUUUUCAUGAACAAUUUUGGUUUUGUACACCUACAAGGCCUUCCAUGACUUUUGAAAAUAACGAUAAUUUGUUUGCACAUCUAUGACUAACCAAAGGCAUUAUGUUAAAAAGAAUAAACGAGGUCUCAA